CGACCAUAGAUACAGGAGAACUCGGGAUCCCGUCCGCUCUCUCAUAGAUAAGCCUGUAAUCGGCAGAUUAGUAGUUGGGUCGGUGACGACCAGCGAACACCGGCUGUUGUGGCCACCGUGCAAAAUACAGUGCAUAACACAAUUCACACUCUUAUCGAACUGUCGCCCGACCGAUUUCAGUUUGAGGAGACGAGGCGUGGCAACGUCUUGAAUUUUUUUGACAUCACAACCACCACACAACACACACCCAUCAUGGAUCGCGAUAGGGAGCGACCCCGACGCUUCGAUGACGGUGAAGUCGUCCGCUACGGCGCCGGCGAAUCGUGGCGACCAACUCCCCGUGAUCGAUCCCCGCGAGCCGCCAGAAGCCCAGGCCGCGAUAGAGACAGGCCACCGCGCAGUCCUCGCCCACGAAGCCGCAGUGCGCGUCCUAGAAGCCGAAGCCCGCGGCCCAGAAGUCCCCGUCGAAGCCCUCCACCGCGCCAGCGCUCUCGCAGCCCCCGACCUAGAAGCCCGCGCAUGCGAAGUCCACGCCCGAGAAGCCCUCGUCCAAGAAGUCCUAUCCGCAGCCCUGUUCCUUCCGAUACCUACAUCCCUGGCGGCGGCCGUUAUCUUCCCAGACGCAGAUCGCCUAGCCCUGGCGACCGCUUCCGCCGAGAUAGGUCCCCCGACUCGAGGGGUAGUCCCCCACGACGCAGGGACCGCUCUCGCUCUAUGAUUCGCGGCUCGCCGCGCAGACGUAGCUUGUCUCGUCGUGGCAGCCCGGGCCGUAGGUCGCCUUGGGGAGGACGCGAUUGGGACCGCGACAGACGACCCCGCGACUUUGAUAGACGCCGCCGCUCGAGAUCACCCCCGUACGGCAGGGACCGCGAUAGACGAGAUAGAUCGCCGGGUCGUUCGACGCCGCUAGGACCUCCUUCGUAUAGGCCAUCGUCGAGGUCACCUCGCCGCGAGGAUAGAUACCACCAGUCGUACAAUAAUCGACGCCCCUCACCACAUCGCGACUCGGGCAUUUCGUCAGCAAUCACGUCCCAGCCGCCGUCUGACAGAGCGUCGUCGCGCCCUGGUUCUCUCCGUGGCCGCUCGCCCAUUCACUCACGCGACCAUUCACCACGACAUGGUGGUGGCAGAGGCAUGCGAGACGGUAGUCCCAGCUCGCUGCGGUCGCCGCCUCGCGGUCCAGCAGCCUUGAGAUCACACGCGACAUGGAGCGCUGGCGGCCCUGCGACACUCUCUCCAACACCUCGUCACCAGCACCUGCCAGGACGCUCAGAUACCGAUAGCCCUACACACCCGCCCUCAGGGCCACGAGGCUACAUGUCGUCUGGACGAGGGGGAUACUCAUCCCGCGGCCGUGGCGGAUGGAACUCAUCUACAGCGCCACGCUCUGGCCCAGGGUCAUCUACAGGACCACCCACGCCCAACGGCUCGUCAGGAAUCCCUACGGGUCCUCGUGGCUCUGUUGGCGGUGGUCCCGGCACACCUACGCAAGGCCGCCCGUUCAACCCGCCGACUGGCCCAUCAUCACAAGCACCGCGACUCACGCUGGCGCAGAACUUGAUGUCGUCAAUGCCGCAGCUCGUACCCGGUGGCAAGCUGGACCCAAACAUGCUGCCGCUGGUGCUAGGUGUCACGCGCGAGCUGGAGCCACAUUACCGCAAGAUAAAGGACGAGGAGGAGCGGCUGCGGGACGAUAUGCGCAUCAAGCAAGAGCGCUUGCGCAAGAGCCUAGCGCUCUGGGGCAAGCUGGAGCGGGAUGCCGCGGCGUGGGAGCUGCGCAGCGACUUGAGCGAGAAGAGCAUGAAGAAUCUCGCGGGCGAGGGGUCUGGAGGAGCGGCGUUUUAGUAGAAAAAACAUUCAGGCCUCAUCUGUAUGAAAUCACUGGGUUAUUGUGUAUUAUGGAAAGCGUUGUAUUGGAGUAUAGGUUUGCUUGAGAAAUGUUCUAAUAGCAGGUAACAAAAGCAGAGAAUUACUUUCUUAGAAUGAAGAAAGAGGGUAUCUAUCGUAUACAGAUGUGUGUCUCGUAAAAAAUGAAAAAAUACAUGGUGAACAGCCGUUGGUAAGCAGGAAUAUCAGAAUUGAAUGACACGGUCGUCUUCGUCGUCCUCGUCGCCGUCCCAGUCUUCCUCCUCGUCGGUGUCUUCGUCACUACGGAAGUCUUCCAUGCCGUACUGGAGUUCGCGGACCUUUUGGUUGUCAAAGAGAAUGUUGACGACGCGGCACAUGCCCUGGAUAGCCUGUGGUGCUUCAGGAGGGGAUGGUUGAUGGUCGGAUUCGUCAGAUGUGGGCGAACUAUCGUAGCCCUCCUCAUCGUCGUCAGUGUCGUUGUCGUCCUCAUCCGUGUCGAGAUCCCGGUACGAUGGGCGGUUGGCACGGCGAGAGCUGGCUUGUCGCUUGUUCACGCGUGGUGCGUCUUCGACUGUGGGCACACGGCUACUGCGGCGGAUGGCAAGAGACGGCGGCUCUUUUCUCUUGCGGUCGUUGUCUUCAUUAAUUCUGGCUGCUGAUGAUGAUGCCAGUGCUGCCGGUUUGCGCAGAGAGUAAAAGGCGAGGGGUGGCUCUGAGCGGCGCAGAAAGACGUCUUCCAUCUUCUCUUUCCAUUCGAUGCGCAGCGUAGCUCUGCGUUGCCACGGAAUGUCGAGCAUCGUCUUGAUGGAAAGCACACGGAGAUGUGGGAGGUGCUGCGCGCGGUCGAGGAUCGAGUUGAGGAACAUUUCAGCCGCUUCGAGGUCCCAUUUGCGGAUGUUUUCGACAACAAUGGCACGAAGGGUACUUGGCCAGGUCGGCACUUGGUAGGGCAAUAGAGCGUAGUCAUACAUGGGAUCCGAAUCGUCAAUAGAGUCGUGCAGCUUGUAGUACGACAGGUUCAUGUUGAGCUCGUGCAGCUCAGGGCAGCUUUCUGCCAGGCUGGUCAAGAAGGCCAGGUCCAGGGACUGAUUGUGGUGCAGCUUCAGAAUCCGCAUGUGUGACCCGUGAGUCUUUAAGAAGGGGGCAAAGUCGGUCGAGUUGACUUCCCAGCAGUUAAUCAGCUCGAGCUUCACCAGGUUCUUUGGUAAUUGCGGUAGCAGAUCGUUAUUCAUGGCUGUUGAUGAUUCAAAGCACAGGCUUUUGAGUUCGGGGAGUGCAUUAAUUGCCCGGGAUAUGCUGGCAACGACCUCGCGGUCCUUCUGGAUUGUCUCCAUCUGGCUCGCUUCUGUUUGUCGCCUAGCCUGUAAGAAGAGAGACGGUAGCUGGAAGUUUGUAAAACUGAUUCUUUCAAGACUGAUAAACGACGGUGUUGAAUGAAUACUAGCAAUGGCGUCAAGAUCGGGCACAUGGCCGCCGAUAAAUCUGCCGCUCCAUUCCCACGCCGUCAACCUCGUAGGAAACGUCUUGUACUGCCCUAGCUCCGUGUCUGCUGGGGCAGGAAAAAGAGCUUCGAAGAGCUCGACUGGGUACUUCCAGCGACUUGGUGUAUUCAGUGCUCUGUAGGGCGGCUGGUCAAGAGUCGUGUACACGGUCAACUCGCGCAGGCGGUACGACGGCUGGAUCAGUUGGCCCAUGAUGGCGGCGUUUGCCACGUUGAUUUCGAGCUGCAGCUCCUCAAUCUUGGCCCGGUAGUUGAACAAUGUUUCCGUCUCUGGCCGCUGCAGCAGGGCAGCUAGCUUCUUCGCUUUGGCUGGAUGAGCGAGCGUCGGGCAUCGAUAGAGGGCUGAGAUGGCCGCCUCUGCAAACACCUUGCAAGUGGUGGCGACAUUGAGAAGCCAGCCAGUCGACCCGCCAUCGUUGAAAGCGUACGAGAAGAUGUUUUCCCAGCAUCGUAGAGAUAUCCUAGGAUCACACCAAUCUGGUAUUACGCCAGGGUCGGGGGGUGGUGGUGCCGUCUUUUUCGGUGGCGAUCGUUUACUCUUUGGUGAUGCUGUGUUCGGUCGAGAUCUCGAAGCUUUCGGCGUCGCGGGCCGACCGCUUCUUCGCGACUUUGAGGAAGUGCUAGCAGGCUGGCGAGACGGUCUAACCAUGGUGAUGGAUGUGGUAGUAGAAUUUAAUAAGUGUCGCGGUAGGUUCUCUCCAGCUCUUUAUAGUUGGCCGCUUUCAGGCAAGGGUUACUCUAGCUACGGGUCUGGAGUCGCAGUCUUCGCCAUCCAAUUCGACUUGUUUAUUCGGUAGUCAUUUUAUACUGAUGACAGGACGGCAAGUGAAGGGCUCUUAUGUGAUUCACGUUGUUUUGCGCAACUGUGAAUAUGUGUGCUUGCAAGUUUGGAGUUUUUGCACGGCCGUGUUGAUGGUCGUAAACGAAUGCGGAUAGGCGGGUGGAUCAGGUGCCCACCAAUAGAAAGUCAGGGUUAGGGUUGUGAACAUGGCUCAUUUCAUUAACAGCAUAUACUGAAGCUUAUUGAAAAUUGUAUACAAGACAAACAUGAAGUUUUAAAAGCCUGCCUAAUUGCUCUACAUUAUUUUUUAGCUGCGGUGGAAACAUUCUGUUCUUGUCGCUUUUGCUCCGUUUCGAUCAGCCCUUCCAGAAACAACAUUGGUAAAUAGGUCAUGCUCUUGUCAUUCAAAGCCAUCCUUGAGUAUUGCAAAUAUUUGACAGCAAAAAAAGUCCAUGCACGCUUUUCUACGAUUGAGCUCUGUAGAGGUCGCGGAAUAUAGGGAUUAUUGGCCUCAGCGGCGGAGACUGCUUUGGCAACUCCGUCUUCGUCAAGGGUAAUUCGCUGAACCUGGUCGAAAUCCAAAACCCAUAGGUUGAUUACAGGUCGAAACAAGAUUUCUAUAUCAGUCCUAGAUAAUGUAAGCGGCUCAAGUCUGUGGGUCUCAUUGAAGAUGGUGAAUUCGGAAGCCGAUGCCCCAAGAACAAAUUCAACGCCCCUUGCAUCAGUCUUUGCUUUCCAGUGCAUGACUGCUAGGGCUGCUGCCAUCUCAUUGACGUAGGAGUCAAUGUUUAGCCCCAAGGCAUGCAUUUGAUUCAGAUGGAGCUCAAAAUUCCGGAUAGAGGUGGACUUGAUCUCCUGGCCACCCAUGGAUCCCAAGUAGAGUCGAAUGAGGCAAUCGUCAUUGUCCUUUUCCAUGUAUGCAUCCACUUGGUUCCUUGGAGAGAUGUACAGACUAAUUAGGCCGUGUCGAAC